AUGUACCAUAGAGCCUUCUCGAUAAGAAAGCUCGGAGUUUCCGACUUUCUUGGCGCUCUUUCGAUUCUACAGGAGUUAGUGUACGAUCAACCAGACCAGCCUUCCACUGCACGUCGCCACUCAAGCCCGGGGCUGGGACCGGGAUUGCAGCGCCGUGAAUGUGAGGGAUUUGACGACCCCACCACACGGACGACGGAGGUGAAGUUGGUUCGGGUGGACCAGGGAAUUGACCUCGGACACCUGGAAGACACCCACGAUGUCUACAAGAAUGUGAUCCACGAUGAGAUCGGAGUCGAGGAAGCUACUGUGGAGCUGGAUAAGAUCCUGAACAGCAAGCCUCGUUUCAAUAAAUGGAUCAUCGUGAUGGUGUACGGCAUAGCUUCAGCCGCCGUGGGUCCCUUCGCAUUCAACGCCCGGCCCAUCGAUAUGCCGAUGAUAUUCCUUUAUGGUAUACUACUUGGUAUUUUACACCAAGUAAUCGCCCCACGUUCAGAGCUAUACUCCAACGUCUUUGAGGUGUCCGCCUCAGUUCUCACCUCCUUCAUCGCCCGUGGCCUUGGAAGUAUCACCUGGGAUGUACCUAACGGCAACCGCGAGUACCUCUUCUGCUUUUCUGCGAUUUCCCAGUCAUCUAUUGCGCUGAUUCUUCCGGGUUAUACCGUUCUGAGCAGUAGCUUGGAACUCCAAUCCCAUCGUCUUGUGGCUGGAUCCAUUCGGAUGGUAUAUGCCUUCAUCUACUCCCUGUUCCUCGGCUACGGAAUCACGGUCGGUACUACAAUCUAUGGCUUAAUCGAUCCCAGCGCCUCGUCCGAUGUCCUGUGUCCGAGUACCGGAGACUGGGGCAAUGAAUAUGCGCCGCGAUUUCCAUUCGUGGCAGGAUUCGUGUUAUGCUUGUUGGUUAUCAACCAGGGCCGAUGGAAACAGGCUCCGGUGAUGUUGUUCAUCGCAGAAUCGGGCUUUGUUGUUACUUAUUUCGUGACACAACGGAUCGGCCCCAGUUCACAAGUCGCCAACACCGUCGGGGCCUUCACAAUCGGUGUGAUGGGCAACCUUUAUAGUCGCCUGUGGCAUGGUCAUGCGGCGACUUCUAUCUUACCGGGUAUCUUUGUCUUAGUGCCGUCGGGUCUAGCAGCCUCGGGGCCUCUUCUCAGUGGCAUCAAGUCUUCUGACGAGACACGGCAUAAUAUCUCCACUGCAAUCAAUCACAGCAGCUACACAGAGUACUCGGUGGAGGAUUCUCAGAUCUAUACAGCUGAUUUGGGAUUUGGCAUGGUGCAGGUAUCCAUUGGGAUCACUGUGGGGUUGUUCGUCGCGGCCCUACUCAUUUAUCCGUUUGGAAAAAGACGGGGAGGAUUGUUCAGCUUUUAG